AUGGAAACCCCAACCACUCGUUUACGGAAGUCCGCGAAAACCGAACACGAUAACAUGUCAAUCCCUCAAAAUCAAGAAGACCUCCCACUGGUAGACGGACACAAGUCUCUUUUGACGAAAGACACGCCGGCCUCGCAAACAUCUAGAUCAAGCGAUGAAGGAAUGCCAACGACGACGCGACCUUUGGACAUGGCAAAAUCCGGCUUGGCUACUCUGAAGAUGAUAUUGGGCGAGAGCUACACGAGCUAUCUGCUUCCAUUUGUGUUUUUGGGGAUCAUUGCAGGGAAGCAACAUUGGGAUGAUUCGCUGGUCUUUUCACUGAACUUUCUGGCGAUUCUUCCUCUUGCAUCAUUGCUCUCAUUUGCGACCGAAGAAUUGGCAAAAAGUGUGGGCCAAUUGCUUGGAGGAUUGAUCAAUGCAACAUUUGGCAAUGCGGUAGAAAUGAUUGUGGGAAUUACUGCUGUCGGUCGCGGCGAAAUGAACAUCGUUCAAUCAAGUAUGGUUGGGAGUAUUCUUUCUGGGAGUCUCUUGAUCCUCGGAUGCUGCCUCGUUGCGGGCGGCUUAUCAAAAGACACGGUCGCCUUCAACGUCGACGUUAGUGGAAUUUUGUCAUCAUUGAUGGUUGUCGCUUCGGCGUCACUGAUUAUCCCAUCCAUUCUGGAUGCAACUACACACUCCAAAUCGGACGCGGUGCAUGAUAGCGUUUUAAGCUUAUCAAGAGCCACCUCGGUCGUCUUGCUCAUCUUUUAUCUCGUCUAUCUCUUCUUCCAGCUCAAGACCCACGCUAAUCUUUUCGUCGAUGAUUCGGGGACGGAGGAGGAAGAAGAGGAGAUUAAGCUCGGUCCCUGGUCAGCGAGUGCUGUGUUGAUCACAGCCACUCUUGGGGUCACCGCUUGUUCCGACUACCUCGUCGAUAGCGUCGACGGCUUCGUUGAAGUUUGGGGUGUGAGCCGAGCUUUCAUUGGACUCAUCGUUGUACCCGUGAUUGGAAACGCCGGGGAGUUCAACACCGCCAUAACCGCAGCUAUGAAGGAUGGCAUGGAUCUGGCUAUUGGCGUCAUAGUCGGGAGCACACUUCAGAUUGCGCUUUUUGUUAGCCCGUUCUUGGUGAUAUGCGGCUGGGUUAUUGGGCAGCCUAUGUCUCUCCGUUAUAGCACAUUUGAGACGGUGGUGUUCUUUUUAUCGGUAAUCGUCAUGGACUGCUUGAUUCGCGGGGGACGAUCCAACUACUAUGAGGGAUUCCUAUUGAUAGGAACCUACCUGAUCAUAGCGAUCGCAUUCUACAUACAUCCAGACUCAGUCGAGACUAUACCAUGA